CAAUGAUGGGUUGCAGCUGACACACACUGCCAGUACUACGUGGUUAUACUGCUAAUGCGUCAUUAGCUCAGUUAAUUAGCCAUUGAGAGGCGAGCUCGAUCGAGGUGAGGAGGUUAGCUCAGCUGUCGCUGUGAACACGGAGCUCUCUCUCUCUCUCUCUCUCUCCUCUCUCCUCUUCACCCGCUGCCGCCCACUACUACUAAAACGGGCAACUCAUCCACCUCCUCGACGCAGCCUCACUCCUCCUCCAUUGCUACCUCAAGCUCCAGCUCGAGCUCGAGGCUUUGCUUUGGCCGCAAUGCCGGAGCUGGAGGUGUGUAGCCCUGCGUCGUCGGGUGGGGCGUCGCCGCCGGAGUCGCCGGUGGAGGGGAGGAGGGGAGGAGGAGGAGGGGAGAAGAGGGGGAGAUCAGGGGAUGGCGGGAGGCACCCGUCGUACCGCGGCGUGCGGAUGCGGGCGUGGGGGAAGUGGGUGUCGGAGAUCAGGGAGCCCCGGAAGAAGUCGCGCAUCUGGCUCGGCACGUUCCCGACGCCGGAGAUGGCCGCGCGCGCCCACGACGCCGCCGCACUCGUCGUCAAGGGCCCCGCCGCCGUCCUCAACUUCCCGGACAUGGCCGCCUCGCUCCCGCGCCCGGCCUCCGCCUCCCCGCGCGACGUCCAGGCCGCCGCCGCCCGCGCCGCCGCCAUGGAGCCCCCCCAGCCGCCGCCGUCGUCGCUCACCGUGCAGGCCGACUCCGCCGCCGCCGCAUUCCUGACGCCCAAGAACGGCGGUGUCAGCGGCGCCGGCGCGGCGGACGACGAGCUCGAGGCGAUCGUCGAGCUGCCGCGGCUCGACGAGCUGGACGCCGCCGAGCUCGUGUUCGGCGCCGCGUUCCAGGACACGGCGGCGGAACACCCGUGGUGCGACCCCGUCUGGAUCGACGGCGGCUACGCGGCGGCCGCCGCGGCGGCGGCGGCGGCCGCGGCGCACGACGACCUGUUCGGCCUCGACGCCGACCACCAUGGAUGGGCCCAGUCGGUUGGUGCCCUCUUAUGGAACCUGUGAUUCGAUCAUAAUAAUAAUUAAUCUCUAAUUAAUUACCAAGUAAUUAACAGCUCUAGCUUCUUUAAUUUUAAUCUCUCCUUUUUUUUCCAGCUUCCUAAAUCUGUACAUAGGUUUCCAGUUUUUUUUCUUCUUUUUUUAAUCUUUUUUCAGGCAGGCUUAAUAUAUAUUUCUGCUUGAUUUUUUCCCCUUUCGUUUCAAGUGUCCUGUAGCUUUGCCUUUUUGUUCAGUUUGGGGCUCUUGUCUUCUGAAUUUGUCUUCCCUCUUGCCUAGUGGCUCUACCUGCAGAGUGUCAACUAAGCUAAGUCAUUAAUGACUUAAUUAUGUAUAAUAAAAAUCUUUACAUGCAAGCACUA